AUGGAAGAAGAUGAUAUAUAUACAAAAGAUGGGACAGUGGAUUACAAAGGAAAUCCAGCUAAUAAGAAGACAACUGGAACCUGGAGAGCUUGUCCCUAUAUCAUAGGUAAUGAGGGUUGUGAAAGAUUGGCAUACUAUGGGAUGAGCACCAAUUUAGUGCUUUAUUUCAAGCAUCAAUUAAACCAGCAUAGUGCAACCGCUUCCAAAAAUAACCAGAACUGGAGUGGAACAUGUUACAUUACACCAUUGAUUGGUGCAUUUCUAGCUGAUUCUUAUCUAGGAAGAUAUUGGACAAUUGCUUGUUUCUCAAUCAUCUAUAUCAUUGGAAUGACACUUUUGGCAAUGUCUGCAUCGAUCGAUGGCAUGAAGCCAUUUUGUUAUUCGAAAGAUAAUUGCAACCCGACCGAUACGCAAAGCGCCAUGACUUUUCUAGCGCUGUACCUAAUAGCGCUAGGAACAGGUGGGAUUAAACCAUGUGUUUCGUCAUACGGAGCCGAUCAGUUCGACGACACGGACGAAAGGGAGAAGAUACACAAGAGUUCAUUUUUCAAUUGGUUCUAUUUCUCAAUAAACAUUGGUGCACUCAUUGCAGCAUCUGUGUUGGUAUGGGUUCAAACCAAUGUGAGUUGGGGAUGGGGUUUCGGCAUCCCGGCUAUAGCCAUGGCUAUAGCUGUCGGGUUUUUCUUUACGGGCACUCGUUUAUAUCGGAACCAAAUACCCGGUGGCAGCCCUCUCACACGUCUAUGUCAGGUUUUGGUAGCAUCCAUUAGGAAAUAUAAUGUUGCAGUGCCUGCUGAUAUGUCUCUUUUGUAUGAAAAAGCAGAUGCAGAAUCUAAUAUCAAAGGAAGCCGCAAGAUUGACCAUACCAAUGAUCUUAGUUUCUUCGACAAAGCAGCAGUGGAAACUCAAACAGACCAAUUAAAAGGCAUUAAUCCGUGGCGACUUUGCACCGUCACACAAGUCGAAGAACUCAAAGCUAUAAUCCGAUUACUCCCCAUAUGGGCUUCCGGCAUCAUCUUUGCCGCCGUAUACAGCCAAAUGAGCAGUUUAUUCACCUUACAAGGCGAAAGAAUGGACACUCGCGUAGCCCACUCCAACUUCCAUAUCCCACCAGCCUCACUUUCAAUCUUCGACACCCUCAGUGUCAUUUUCUGGGUACCAUUCUACGACCGAAUCAUCGUCCCGACGACCCGAAAAUUCACCGGCCGGAAAAACGGAUUAACCCAACUUCAACGAAUUGGAAUUGGACUCUUCAUAUCAAUCUUCGCCAUGGUAGCCGCAGCUAUCUUAGAACAAGAACGGCUUAAAAUAGUGAAAAAACAUAACUAUUACGACUUAAAAGAGAUGCCAUUGACAAUUUUCUGGCAAGUCCCGCAGUAUUUCCUCAUUGGGUGUGCUGAGGUUUUUACCUUUAUUGGACAAUUGGAGUUCUUUUAUGAACAAGCACCGGAUGCCAUGAGGAGUUUUUGUUCGGCGUUGUCGUUAACCACCGUGGCUGCAGGUAGUUAUUUGAGUUCAUUGUUGGUUACAAUUGUUACUAGUAUUACGGCUAAAGAUGGGAAACUGGGGUGGAUACCGGAUAAUUUGAAUCAUGGCCAUAUUGAUUACUUUUUUUGGUUGUUGGCUGGUUUAAGUGUGGCGAACUUUGGGGUUUUCAUCGGGAUAGCGAAAUGGUAUACGUAUAAGACGGCGGUGGGGACUGUGCCGUUGAAUCAGAAAGAAGCGAAAUGAAGAAGACGAAGUUGUAACAUUAGUGUUCGGAGUGUUUUAUAAGAUUAUAUAUGGUGCUGUCUGUUUUUAUCAUGUUUUUCGUUGUUUCUAUUUACGUAUCCUUAGCAUCUUUUUUGUAUUGUGUCUCUCUAUUUUUAGAAUUUUAACUUUU